AUGGAAGUUACAAAUUCACAAGGAAAAUUUAUUUUAAAAGGUGAACCUUUAACAAAUGACCAAGAACUUGAAUAUAAACAAGCAUUUAAUUUAUAUGACCGUGAUGAAGAUGGUUUAAUAAAUUCAAAAGAAUUAAGUUAUCUUAUUCGUUCAUUAGAAUGUAAUCCAACUGAUAAUGAAAUUCAAUAUUUAAUUGAUCAUAUUAUUGAUGAAGGAAAUAAUUUAAUUGAUUGUAAUCAAUUUUUAAUAAUUAUGUCUAUAUUACAUAAAACUCGAGAUAAUGAUGCUAGAAAAGAAUUAUAUGAAAUAUUUAGUACGAUUGAUACUGAUAAUAAUGGAUUAAUUGAUAGUACUGAAUUACGAACAGCUAUGCGUUUAUUAACUAGUGGAAAUGAUGAUAUGAAAUUAACUAAAGAAGAAUUUGAUGAAAUGAUUGCAGAAGUUGAUACAGAUAAAGAUGGACGAAUAACAUUUGAUGAAUUUGCUGGUGUUUUUGCAGGACAUAUAUAA